CCCGUGUCUGUGGGCAUGUCCCGGUCUUGGUCCCGGUGUCUGUGGGCGUGUCCCGGUGCCUGUGGGCGUGUCCAUGUGCGGGUGGACGGUGCCGUGUCCCGCUACCGUGUCCCGGGGAGUGUCCCUGUCCCGAGGCGUGUCCUGUUCCCGUGUCCCGGUGCCGCGUCCCAGAGACUGUCCCUUUCCCGGGGCGUGUCCCGAUCCCGUUCCCGUGUCCCGUCCCCGUUCCCGUGUCCCGGGGCGUGUCCCGUCGCCGUUGCCGUUGCCGGGGCGUGUCGCGGUGCCGUGGGCGGGCCGCGCCGAGGCCGCCAUGGCGCUGAGCGGGGCCCUGGCGCUCCGUCUCGCCUACGCGUCCUUCGGUGCCCUGAGCGGCCUCUCGGCCUUCUGCGCCUGGAGCGUGGUGCCCGCGCUGCGCCAGCCCGGCACGGCUGCGGCCGGCGGGCUCUCGGGUACGGCACCGGGGGCACCGGGCCGGGAGGGCUCUCGGGUGUGCUGGCGCUCUGGGCCCUAAUCACGCAUGUGAUGUACCUGCAGGAUUACUGGAGGACCUGGUUAAAAGGGCUGAGGUUCUUCCUGUCCGUCGGGAUCCUCUUCUCUGCCCUCUCCGGGCUGGGCUUCUGCGCCUUCCUGGCCCUGGCCAUCACCCAGCACCAGUCCCUGACCGACCCCCGGAGCUAUUACCUGUCCUGCGUCUGGAGCUUCAUGGCGCUCAAGUGGGCGCUGCUGCUGAGCCUCUACUCGCGCCGCUACCGCGCCGAGUUCGCCGACAUCAGCAUCCUCAGCGACUUCUGAGCCGCGGGCUGCGCUGAGGGGCUGCACACGGGGCACCAGCCCCGCACGGAGGGGCUCGUCCUGCUGCCUCUGCCUCACUCAUCGCUGCUCCUUCUGGGAGGGACUCCCCGAGCCCCCCGUGCUGCCAGAGGGGUGGCAGUCCCCACCUCUGUCACUGCCCUGCUCCCGUGUCCCCUCUCUGCUCCCUGGGAAGGGCCCGGCUGAGCUCCCAGCCAGGUUCUGGCUCUCCGGGGCUUUGGGGGCAGCAGAGGAGCACAGCUCAUCCCAAAGCUCUUCCCAAAGCUCCCAGGGCAGGGAAUGCUGCUCCUGCCUUUCAGAAGGAGUGGGGUCCCAUCUUUGCCCAUAAAUGCUGUAUUUACUGCUUGAAGCUGCAGCAGCAGGUGUAGGGAGAGGGGGGCAGGGCCAAGGCCCGGCCUGCCUGAGCCUCAGGGAGAGGAUCUUGGGGAAAAAACAGGGAAAAAUGGUUUUGUGGAAGCAGGAGGAGAGGAGAGGGGACACAGGCUGCUCAGGUGGCCCCAUGGAUCGAGGAGCAGCUUUGGGCUGAGGCUGAGACGUGCUGGAGUCCCUAAACCCAGCCCCUGGGCCUUGUUCUAGCCCUGGAGUUCCCACCUCACAUCCCAGCUUUUUAAAGGAUGCUGUGUGUAAAUAAUCCCUCUAUUUUUACAUGGAUUCCUCCUGGUUUGCACCUCGGGGUGCCGGGGUCGGUGCCACCCUUGCUGUCACCCUGUGCCACCACAAAUACAGCCCUCCCUCGCCA